CUCUCCGCCGGCGUUCAAUCGUGAAGCGGAUUGACGGUUGCAGCCUCGGUAUGUGGCGCAUGAGUGUGCGUUUCGGGAUGUAACAGCGGUCUCCCGGAGUAGCGAUACCAAAUUAAAUCAUACCUUACACCCGAAGGAGUUAGAUGAUAGGAUACCUGAGAGAAGUGGGCACAGCAUAGGGAAGUAUACGACAGUACGGAGCGGGGGGAAAGACGUGGAGCGGGGCAGCAGCAAAUCCAGCCGACACUGCGCGCAGAAAUGGCGGAGCAACACGCAGCCAGCGACGGCAAGCACAAAGCGUCCACCAACGCCGGUGGCUCGGUGCACGGGAACAGUCGACCCGGCGCCGCGGGUGGAGGAGGGGGCAAAGGAGGCCUGUCUGGCGGACUGACACAGCCAGCUGGGUGGCAGUCUUUACUCUCGUUUAGCAUUCUUUUUCUGGCCUGCCUGGCGGGAUUCAGCUCCAGACUUUUUGCGGUGAUCCGGUUCGAGAGCAUCAUCCACGAGUUCGACCCGUGGUUCAACUACAGAUCAACACACCAUCUCACCACCAAUGGCUUCUAUGAGUUCCUCAAUUGGUUCGAUGAAAGGGCGUGGUACCCCUUGGGGAGGAUCGUGGGUGGCACAGUGUACCCAGGGCUCAUGGCGACUGCAGGCCUUAUCCACUACGUGCUCAACAUGCUCCACAUCACCGUCCACAUUCGUGAUGUGUGCGUCUUUCUUGCGCCUGUGUUCAGCGGCCUGACCGCCAUCUCCACCUUCCUGCUAACCCGGGAGCUGUGGAACCAGGGUGCCGGGCUGCUGGCAGCCUGCUUCAUCGCCAUCGUCCCCGGUUAUAUCUCUCGCUCCGUCGCCGGCUCCUUUGACAAUGAGGGCAUCGCCAUCUUCGCCCUGCAGUUCACCUACUACCUCUGGGUCAAAUCGGUGAAGACGGGCUCCGUAUUCUGGACCAUUGGCUGUUGUCUGUCCUAUUUCUACAUGGUGUCGGCGUGGGGAGGUUACGUGUUUAUUAUCAACCUGAUCCCGCUGCAUGUGUUUGUGCUGCUCCUGAUGCAACGCUACAGUAGGAGAGUCUAUAUCGCUUACAGCACUUUCUACAUUGUGGGCCUCAUACUGUCCAUGCAGGUCCCUUUCGUCGGCUUCCAGCCAAUCAGGACGAGUGAGCACAUGGCUGCUGCUGGUGUGUUUGCACUCCUCCAAGCCUAUGCGUUCCUGCAGUACCUAAAGGACAGGCUGACCAGACAGGAAUUCCAGACACUGUUCUUCCUCGGAGUCUCUCUCGCUGCUGGUGUGGUCUUCCUCACAGUGAUCUAUCUCACAUACACAGGAUACAUUGCUCCGUGGAGUGGUCGUUUCUACUCUCUCUGGGACACCGGCUACGCUAAGAUCCACAUCCCCAUCAUAGCGUCGGUGUCGGAGCACCAGCCGACGACGUGGGUGUCCUUCUUCUUUGACCUCCACAUCCUGGUCUGCACCUUCCCAGCGGGCCUCUGGUUCUGCAUCAAGAACAUCAACGAUGAACGCGUGUUUGUGGCUCUCUAUGCCAUCAGUGCAGUCUAUUUUGCCGGCGUGAUGGUGCGUCUGAUGCUGACUCUGACUCCGGUCGUCUGCAUGCUGUCAGCCGUGGCUUUCUCCAGCGUCUUUGAGCAUUACAUGGGAGACGACACAAAGAGGGAGAAACCCCCUGCUGAGGACAGCAGCGACGAAGAUGACAAGAGGAACUCCGGGAACCUCUACGACAAGGCCGGCAAGGUGCGCAAACACGUGUCGGAGCAGGAGAAAGCAGAGGAGGGUUUGGGUCCAAAUAUCAAAUCCAUAGUCACCAUGCUCAUGUUGAUGCUGCUCAUGAUGUUCGCCGUCCACUGCACGUGGGUCACCAGCAACGCCUACUCCAGCCCCAGCGUGGUGCUCGCCUCAUACAACCACGACGGGACGCGUAACAUCCUGGAUGACUUCAGGGAGGCUUACUACUGGUUAAGACAGAAUACUGAUGAGCACGCACGUGUCAUGUCCUGGUGGGACUACGGUUAUCAGAUAGCGGGCAUGGCUAACAGGACCACUUUAGUGGACAAUAACACGUGGAACAACAGUCACAUAGCGCUGGUGGGGAAAGCCAUGUCUUCCAAUGAGAGUGCAGCCUACCAGAUCAUGAGGUCCCUGGACGUGGACUAUGUGCUGAUCAUCUUCGGAGGUGUAAUUGGUUACUCGGGCGACGAUAUUAACAAGUUCCUGUGGAUGGUGAGGAUUGCCGAGGGUGAGCACCCUAAGGACAUCAGGGAGAGCGACUACUUCACUCCUCAGGGAGAGUUCAGAGUGGAUAAGGCGGGUUCACCAACUCUGCUCAACUGCCUCAUGUACAAGAUGUCUUACUAUCGCUUUGGUGAAAUGCAGCUGGAUUUUAGGACGCCGCCUGGCUUUGACCGGACACGUAACGUUGAGAUCGGCAACAAGGACAUUAAGUUCAAGUACCUGGAGGAGGCGUUCACUUCAGAGCACUGGCUGGUCAGGAUCUACAAGGUGAAGGACCUGGAAAACAGAGAGCCGCUCGACCACAAGCUCCGUAGUGUCGUGCCCAAGCAGAAGUACACCUCCAAAAAGACCGCCAAGAGGAAGCGAGGGCACAUCAAGAACAAACUUGCCAUGAAGAAGGGCAAGAAACUCCAAAAAAAAUAACGGCGACGAAUCGUGAACUGUAGGAGAACAAACGUGAAGAAACCUCUAAACACCAAUGAUGAAGAACACAGGUGCUGUUUUAUCUGGCAGUUGGUCUCGGGCGCUUGUCUCUAGAGCGCCCUCGUGUGUCGAGGAUGUGUCAUAUCUGGUUAGCUCCAGAAUUGUCGUUCGUUUUUUUUGGUUUUUUUUCCUGAGGACGUUUGUCUUGCUUUUUCUUCUACUGUUUUUUUUUUUUUUUUCCAAUUCUUUUUAUUUUUUAUUUUUUUUAUUACUUUGUACUUGAAUGUGUGGUGAGGCAUAGGGCUGCUUUACUGGGUCCAGCGUUGAUUUAAUUUUUGUGAUGUUAAUUAACUGCUUAUCAGUACAGGGAUCGGGUGAAGGCGAAACAAGAGAAGACUAGGAACAUUUGCACCAAAGACCCAUCGACCUUGCUCCGUGGCACAUGUGAACUCAUUACUGGGAGCGAGGAGGCAAAGCAGUGAAAGCCGAGGACUUUGUUCCUGACUCGUGUACAGAAGGACAGUAUGCGGUAUGGAGGAACGUCACCGUCUACGCACAGCCCUUCUGUAAUAUUAACCUUUUUGUCAUCAUCUCUUUUCGGUCUUCUGCCUGGCUUCCUGACCCCUGUUUUCCCCACAGAUUCUCUGGGGAGAGAAAUUGGCCUAAUAUGUAAAUAUGCGAUAUAAAGAGAAACUGUCUAAAAGGAUGAUAAUAUAUUGGAUUGUUGUGGUGACUUUUUAAAUAUGCAGUUUCUGGGGUUUUUUGUUUAGUUUUUUUUUCUUCCCAGUUUUUGUGCGAUUGUUUGAUUUUUGUUUGACAGCAUUUAGAACAGUGAAUGCAAUAAUUCUUGUACAGAGGGGCUUGAGAUUUUUGCUGACAGAAUGAAUUUGAAUGUGAAUUUUUACACCCCCCCCUGUUUCCCCCCCCUCUAAAUGCAUAGAUUGUACAUUUCUGCUGCUAGGGUUUUAAAGACGGAAACAAGCAACUGUGUGUACAAAGUAGUGAUUAAUAAAUUAGGCCUCCCUUCCUGCAGGGGGAGCUCUCUAGUUCAAGUGAGCAAAGCCUAGUGCCUCAUCGCCGGUCGUCCAUCGCCUGAUUUUUAUCUUUCCUUUUAAUUUUUACGUUUGAGUUUGUGGCUGUCUACUUUUGUUUAAGCUCAUCGUGUGUCAGAAUGGCGGCUUCGCUGCUUCAACCAGACUGAGGCGUUGAAAACUGGAAAUGUUCAUAAUAUCUGGAAAUGGACUGGUGAACUGUGAAGGGGGGGAGUGGGGGCUACAUGGUAUACAGGCACUGAAUCUAGAAAAGAUGAACUGAAUGAGAAACUAUAAUGGACUUCCAUCUCUGCCUGUAACAUAAGAUGGAUCAGUGAGAAUAAGACUAACAAAUGUCUGUGGUACUCUGAAGCUGUGUCCCUGUCCUGUACUGUAUACUACUGCUGCACUAAUAGAUGUUUGUACAGCAGGCGGUUGAAAUAAUCAAUUUCCCAGUUAAUGUUUUUUCCUGAAAACGGUCCUCAGAGCCAGUUGUGAUGUCUUUAACUUUUUACUCAUUGAAAGCAUACUGAGAGUAACCCUUGAAGCUCUGAAGUGAAAGGUCAGGGCUGCUUAUAAAACAAAAUGAUUGUGCAUCAGAACUUAGUGAGGGUGGUCACUUGGAAAAACCUGAAAACUAAGGUCUUUUAGGAGUUUAAUUCUUCUACUCUGCCAGAGUAGCUUUCCAUGAUUCAGUUCAAAAUAAUCCUUAUUCUUUGAAAUCUCUUCAGAGAGAUUAUCCUCUGUCUGAAACAAACUCUAGUGGCCUCUCUGAUUUUAAGCCAACUUUAUUCUGAUUGGCUGAAGGUUGUUGGCUGAGAUGACCACAUUGGUGACAUCUGCUCUGUGACAUCAUACAAAGCCAAGAUGAGACAGAGUGCUUAAUAUGAGCAUCCAGCAUUGUAUUUCUACAUGAGGCUGAAAAGGAGGAAAACUUAAUGGAUUGAGAAGUCCACAAAAUAAUCACUUUUUUCUGUCUCUAAAGAGAUUUGGAAGCUCCUUACGUUUUUAAAAGCUAUAACGGUGACAUUUUACUUUACUGAGAUUUUUAAAGCAGUCAAGUUUACAGCUGUUCAUUGAUCCAUUCAUUCUUUUGUUCAAUGCAGUAUUAAAAAGGGCUGCAUGCUUUUGAAUAGGUUAGCCUGUGGUUGCCCUUUAGUCUAUCAGUUAAAUUUUCUGUAAAUUGUCCAGAAAAAGGUGUUUUAAUUUUCCAGGUGCUGAGAUUAGGUCUGUAAUUGAUAACAAAAAGAGUUUGGAAUUACUUUGGAAUAAUCCACUUUAAUACAGUUGUUUGUUUGUUUUUUAUUCUGCACCCCACAUCAUGUUUAGAACUGGUGAGUUGGUUCCUGAUACUGAUAUUGAUUAUAUUUCAGAAAAAACCCCUGAUAUUUAUCUUUAAAAAAGACUUAUAAUAUAAAAUAUUUCUAUCCUAGUAGUGUUAGUUGGAGUAUGCGGUAUGCAGCUGGGACACAGCUCUGAGUGGUAGCCUAUGUCUUAUUCUAUGGGCAUUGCACUGUUCUCCGUGUGUUUGGGUUCUUAGACUCUGUCUAAAAACUAAUGUGUGCACGCUUCUGUAACUUUUUUUUUCUUGAUCAAAAAAGUGACACAUGAAAAGACUAACACAUCAUGCAGAUAUACUUGUUUUGUCACAUUUUACAAAAUGACUUUUGUUCAUAUCGGGUGGGUUUUUUUUGUUUUUGUAUCUGACUGCUUUGAUCUCUCAAACUGUCACCGUUUGAGGCUUCAGACCUUCGACAUGCCACUUCAUUGUUCUGUUACACAGAGGACAGAGUUCAGACUAAGCCUUAAUGUGAUGUACAGUGUGCUCCUCUUUUGUGCUCAUUUGUUUUGUUUGUUUAAUUAGGAACAGCAGAAUGGUUGCUCUGAAUUUCCUCAUGUCUUAGAAUCUCGGUGGCAUCUGUCCCCGACAACAUCUUUCUUUUUUUGUUGUUGUUCUAAUGCAGUCUCUUCCCACAUGUGUCUGCUCAUCUUCAGUUUACAUUUUUACAUUGUUGUUCUGUUCAGCCAUCUUUGAAUAUACACUUUAAAGAAAA